UCGAAAAUAGUUAGGAUUCAAUUCUAAUCAUAAAUCACAAAUCCAUGGGGAGAAUUAUUGCCACAAAAAUGCCUAAUUUUGGUCUCAACAAGAUUAGGCCUUUGGUUAGGGUUCGUCCACCUUCGAUCGAUUCAAAUACGGUUCUUGAAUCCGUUGAUGCUUCCGAUGAUGAUCGAGAGAAGAUCACGAGCGAUGGUUUUGGGAAGAAAUUAGGUCGGAAAAUUAUGGUGGUGAUUGAUUCGAGCACAGAGGCUAAGAAUGCGUUGCAAUGGACACUUAGCCAUGUUGUCCGAAGCCGUGACAUGAUCAUACUUCUUCAUGUUAUCAAGCCUUGUGGACAAGGUGACGAGGAUUUGAUUCGGAAGGAUGUGAUUUAUCGGCGAAGGGUUCCAGAAUUCCUCACUUGUAUGAAGAAUAUAUGUCAUCUUAAGAGGCCCGAGGUGCAAGUCGAGGUGUCAAUGGUGGAAGGGAAGGAAAAGGGCCCGACGAUAGUGGAGGAGACGACUAAGCAAGCGGCGGCGCUUCUUAUUUUGGGUCGAAAGAAACGGUGGAUGGCCUGGAGGGAGAUGCCCGGGUGGGCGGUGGCGGGCGCCAAUGGGCCGGAUGUUAUGGAGUAUUGCAUCGAGAAUGCGGGUUGCACGGCGAUUGCGGUGAGGAGGAAGAACAAGAAAGUUGGAGGAUAUCUCAUCACUACUAAAAACUAUAGAGAUUUUUGGUUGUUGGCUUGAUGUAUAUCAUUAGCAUGUUUGAAAAUCUAAAGAAAUUUGAUUAGGGUUUCUUGGCUUGAUUGUUUUUGAAAAAUGACUUGGGGUUCUUGGUGAUAAUUCAAGUUUCAUAUGUAGAUUUGUAUACGAAGUCUUGAUAAAAAGGUGCUUUAUAUGUAUGUAUGUGUUGUUUUAGAAGAUUUUAACUAUGAAUUUCUUGCGA